ACUUCCGCCGUGCGGAUCGUAGCCGUAUUUUUUCACCCGUCAUCUUCUUAUUUGCGCUUUGACAGUUUUCUUUGCGGCGCGUCGCUUUGAUUACACGCGAGUCGCGCUUCUGGUGGUCAGUUUGAAUUUAUCGACUUGCUUUGAUUUUGUGAGUUUUGCGUUCUGUUCAGUUAUUUGUGCAACUUUUGGAGAUUGCUUGGAUUGUGUGGUCAGUUGUUCGGCCAUCGCAGCAUCCGCCGGGCAUGCGCGUUUGGUUGUGAUUCACAGUGAAAAAAGAACGAAGAAAACGUAUGUGCUCUCUAGAAAUGUCAUCACAAAAGUCAACAGCAGUUGUGUCGAGUUGAUAUCUCUCGUUCGCGCGCUGUGCAGAUUAUAAAUAAUUUUGGAUUAUCGUGCCAAAAAGUGCGCGCCAUUUCUUGAGGAGGAGAGCAGCGGCGACUACUUCGAACCCGCACAGCUAGCUUGGAUUAAAGUGCAUCGACAUUCCUGGAAGCGUAAAACCAGAGGAAAUUUAGUGCCAAUCAGUGCGGACGCGAGUGCCAAACGGGAAGAAAGUCUUAAACCGAUCUAGUCAAAGAAACCAAAGAGUAGAAAAAGAUGAAUGAUUUGAGUGUUUUAUAAGAGAGAAAAAAAUCAAGUGUGAUCAUAGCAGGCGUAGCAGUGCUCGGAAACCCGGAAAUAAACCGCCAAUGCCGAUGAGUGGCCAUGUCCGGAAUCUUCAAAUAUACUCCCAACCGGGCGGCGGCCAGCACGCCCAACCGCCGGUCAGCGUUCGGUGUUACGGGAUUCGGUGGCAGUCCCAGUCACCAGAAUGAUGCCACCAUGGAUAAUUCGUAUUCCAUGGGCUUCCGGUCGCCGUCGAUGAGCGCCCUGGCCGGCCAAACGUCGCCGGCCCAGGGCCGUUCGCUGCGCGAGUACGAGGAGCAGAUGUCGGCGCUGCGCAAGGAGAACUUCAACCUCAAGCUGCGCAUCUACUUUCUGGAGGAGAACGCCGGCCUCACCGCGGGUCACGCCACUUCGCCGACGACGGCGGACGGGAACACCUCGGGGGGAACGCCCGAAAGUCUGAUCAAGCAGAACAUCGAUCUGAAGGUCGAGUUGGAAUCGUUGCGAAAAGAUCUGCAGGAGAAGCAGGAUUUGUUGCUUCAGGCGGGCAAGGCGAUGGACCUGAUGGAGGAAAGUUCGCGGAAGGCCCAGGACCACAACCGGGAGAUUAUCGAUGAUCUGGAGCACCGACUCGAGCUUUUGCAUCACGAAAUCAAACAGAUGGAGCAGGCCGAACGGCAGCAGCAGCAGCAGGCGAACAUGACGCGAAGCCGGCUCAACGAGACCGGUCUGUUGGACUUUUUGGAAAAAAUGGACCACCGGGAGUUGAACGUGCAGGACAAGCUGCAAGCGCUGGAGAUGGACAGCGUGGUGCGGCAGUGCCACGAGCAGAACGAGGAACUCUGCCGGAAGAUUGGCGAGCUGCACCAGCAGCUGGAAGAGCGCGAGUUGAAGAUCGGAGCGCUGGAAGCGGAGGUGAACGAUCUGCGGUUCGAGUGCGCCGAGCUGAAGGACAAGCUGGAGGAGAACGGCAAGAGCACGUCCGAUGCGGAGAUCAUGCGCCUCAAGAAGGACCUGUUCGCGGCCAAGUCGGACCUGGCGGACAAGCUGUGCCAGCUAGACGACACCGAGGUGAAGCUGCGCGAGAAAACAGUCGAGCACGUGCAGGCCUGCAAGGUGGUGGAAAAGCUGUGCAAGACGAUCCCCGAGCUGGAGAAGGAGAUCUCCCGGUUGAAGCGGAAUUCGAAUCCCGACCCUAAUCCCAAAGAAGCCGUUGCAAAAAAGAUCGUCUCCGACCCGGGAAAUCCCGCCAAGAACGCCCCCAUCGUCGACGAGAACCAGCAGCCGGUGACGCAGGACGAGUACGAUGCCGUUGUCCAGCGACUGCGCGCCCUCCAGAAGAAGAACGAGAGUCUGAUCGCGAAGUUGACGGGCGGUUCGACGGAUCGCAACGAGAACAUCAUCAUCAAGCAGCUCAACGAGGAGUUGAUCCAGGCCCGGGACGAAACGGACAAAGCGCAGCGGUGGCGCAAGGACUGCAUGGACCUGUGUGCGAUCUCAACGGCGCGGCUGGAGGAACUGGCCGGCUUCCUGGACUCGCUGCUGCGGAACAAGGAGUUUAGCGGAUCGCUUCCGGUUGACCGGAGGAAGGCGAUGCGGAAGGCCGUCGAUCGGAGCUUGGAUCUGUCGCGCAGCCUGAACAUGUCCAUCUCGGUGACGGGCUUCUCGCUGCCGGAGAGCAGUCUGGCGCAUUUGAGUUGCUUGAGUGGGUAUUUGGACGCUGGGGAGGAUAGCUUGCUGGAGGCCAACAAGGAGAACCGCGCCGACGAGAGCGUUGGCAGUGUGGCCAAGGUGAUUGAGACGCUCAAGGCGGAGAAUCGUGAACUGAGGGGGCAACUCGCUGGGCACAACAAGAAGGACGUCCGGAGGAAGAUCAUCCCGGCUCUUGCAGAGCCGCUUUCCGACUCGGAAGCUUGGUCGGAGCCGGAUCGCGAUGUCUCGCAGGCGCGGAUUGGCCUCGAGGAGCGAACCUCGUUGCCCAACUCGGCCAGCAAGGUCAAAAGCGUCGUGACUCGUGGUGGCGUCCUGCAGGAGUUGAGCUCCACGUCCGAGAACGAGAACGUUGGCUAUCUCAAGAAGCACACGGCCGAGUUGAAGCAGCUCCAGGAAACGGUCGGAACGCUGACCGGUGCGCUGCAGGAAAAGGACAGCAAAAUACUGGACGUGCAGAGUCGGUUGGUCGACCUGGACAACAAGUUGCAGGAGGAACGCAUGAAGGCGUCCCGGAUGCAGGCCGAGCUGGAGAACACCCGCCAGGUCAACCAGCGGCUGGAGAAGGAGAACGGCGUCCAGCAGGAUCGCAGCAAGACCAACGAGAAGCGUCUGGAAGAGCUGACCCGGGAGAUUCAACAAAAGGACGAAGUCCUCGAAAAACUCAGGAAAGAGCGCGAGCAGGCUUUCGUCGACCUGCGGGUGGCCGUCAUGAAGCUCGACAACCUCCGAACGGAGCACCAAGAAGUGCAGCAAAAGCACAAAGACCAGAUCGAGACUCUGCUGGCGCAGGAACGCCAACGGCUGGAGGACCUCCGUCGCGACCUAUCCGAGUCGUUCAACAGUCAACUUAAGGCCAAACAAGCCUCCUUCGAAGCUAGCCUCUCCGAGUCCUACAUCUCCAAGAACAUCCACCAGGAGAAGCUGCAGGAACUGCAGGAGGUGAUGUUCCGGCUGGACGACACCGAAAUGCAGCUGCUCGGCAUGAGCGAAGAUCAAGCGCGACUCAAGAAGCAACUCCAAGACGCGGAAUCCGCCGUCCAAUCCAUGCGCAAAACGCUCGACGAAACCACCCUGCAAGCGUCCAAGGCGGCCAUCGAACGCACCAAGGCACUCAACGAGAAGCGUCAACUCGAGGACGAACUCAAGCACUGUCAGGACGACCUGCGUGCCACCAAAGAGGAAAAGAACGCCCUCAACGCCAAGCUGCAGGAAAUCCAAGGCCAACUCCAGCUCGCCACCCAGCAGCGAACUCCACCCAAGCGACUCAACAGCUCUUCCGGCGCGGAAGGCUCCAUCGCGUCCGGCUACACCUCCGAGGAACUCCUCCUCGUCGCAGGCCGCCCCGCCAAACCCGAACGCACCUCCCGCCCCGAAAACUCCUCCCCCGAUCUCGGCAUCGAAAGCGACGCCGGCCGUCACUCCCACACCGAAAGCCAAGCACCGCCCCCCGCACCCAGCCCCGCCCGUCCCCUGCUCAAAACGCUCGAGCUGACCCGUUCGAUGAGCAACCUGCUCAUGGAACCAAAGGAGGAAGCCAUUCAAGAGCUCAACCCGACGUCAGCGACGACGACGACGACGCCCCCGCACGACUGCGCCAAGAUCGAAGCGGACUACGCCGAGCUGAAGCGCCGCUACAAGCAAACACGGCGCCACCUGGAGCUCGCGUACGACAGCAUCAAGUCGGCGAACCGGCGCAAGGAGCGCCUCGAGCAGGACAUUAAGCAGCAGAUCCAGAAGACGAACGUGGUGCUCAAGACGGUGCGCACCAACAUGACCAACGAGCUGGAGAAGAGCCCGUCCGGCGGGGAGGUGCGCAAGAGCGUUCCCUAAGCAAGUCGUGUGUUUAUCAUUCCUUAUUAAAAAAAACAGUCAAUUCGGUGAGGAGCGCCCCCAAGAAGUAACCAGUGUGUGAGAAUGAGUCGUUUGAAGAGUGCGCGGAAGAUUGUAUAAAACAAAACCUGUAACAUUUAAGAGUAGCAUGAGUGAAACAAAAGAGUGAGACAGAGUGCGAGUUUAGAAGAAGAAAAGGCGAUUUUAAAUAGCAUUAGACAACUUGUCAGCAUCUGCUGAUUUGAUCUGUUCGUUUUUUAUCUAGUGAGCAACUGACUGAACAAUUCUUCGUUUUUUUUAUUUUGUAUAAAGCGCACAAACUCACGCACACUAACUUAUUUUUUAAGCCAUUCUUUGUCGAUAUUAACCGAAACUGUUCUGAAUAAAACAACGUUUUUGAAAAAAAA